AUGUAUUAUCCUUAGCCCUAUUACCCAUAAGCAUAUCCAUAAUACAGGUAUUAACCCUAUGGUGUACGUCCAUAAGUACCAUAGUAAUGGAGACCACCUGUUUAUAAUGCUCCUCAAUAUCCCUAUCCAGGAUUAAGAAUACCCCCGCCAACUUAUCCAUACAAUCCAUACGCUUCAUCCAUCAUACCACCUACCUACCAGCCACAGCCAAUGUUAAGUUAAAUUAUGGCUUCCCCUUAACGAUAAUUCUAAUCUCCCGAUCGUUUGAAAGGAGCUUAGUCCCCAUCCAGAAAUGUGUUGAUGCAAUCUCAACAAGUGCCCAAAUCGCCAGCUCCUCAGUUGCAAUCCCCAAAUAGAUAAUUUCUUACUUAUGAAUAAGUACAAGAACGCAUUCGUAAUGCCUAACAGUAGCAACCUUAACCACCCCAAAAUCAAAAAUAAUAUUCACCAUAACCCAAGCCAAAUUAAUAAAAGCAAUAACCUUAGGCUUCUAAAUAAAAAUAAUAGCCAACCUAACCACCCAAAAAAGAAGAUGAUUUGGAUAAGAGAUACUAAAAUGCUCUCAAAAGCACAGAAGAAAUCAUCAAAAAAUACACAGUUGAUGAUUCCGGCAGCAAAGGUCGUUAAACCAAUCAAGAAAAUCAUGAAGCAGAGGAUGGCGAUCUCUAAGAAUUGGCAUUGUAAUAUGAAGAUGGCUUUAUUUAUAGAGGAUAGGGUUAUCCUCCAUAGACAAGAAGUGGAUUUGGUAUUUUAACAGAUUCAGAUGGACAAUAAAUAUAUGCUGGAUAUUGGAAGGACAACUUAUAUGAUGGUUAAGGAAGACUGACAAAUCUUCAAACUGAAGAAUUGACAGAACAAAUUGAUUGGAAUAAUAUGACAACUAUUGGCAAUGGAUGGGCAUCUUAUGAAGGAAACUUUUCACAAGGAAAGAUGCAUGGAUAAGGAACACUAAUCUUAACAAAUAAUGAACAAUAUUUUGGAGAAUUCGAGGAUGGGAUGAUACAUGGUGAUGGAGAAUUCACAAAUCUUGAUGGAUAAGUCAUCAAAGGCAAAUGGGACUAGGGAUACUUAAUUUAAUUAUCAGAAUAAGAUUGAAUCAUUAAAAUAAAUUUUACAUAUAUAUAAAUUCAUCACAUCAAGCUCUA